AACUUGCUACCAGGCUACAGCGUGGGCAAGGUCAUCGGCGAGGGCGGUUUUUGUCAGGUGCGUCUUGCUGUCCAUCACCUUAGCCAACGCAAGGUGGCGGUCAAGGUGAUUGACCGGUCCAAGCUGUCCGACCCCAACGAGGCCAAGCGCAUGCAGAGGGAGAUCCGCGUCAUGAAGCACCUGAGCCACCAGUGCGUCAUCAAGCUGUUCGAAGUGGUUGAGUCCCCGAGGCAUUUGUUCCUGGUCAUGGAGCACGCGCCCGCUGGGUCACUGCUAGACUACGUGCGCGCGCGCAAGCGGCUGCCGGAGGCGGAUGCAUGCGUGUUCUUUCAACAGAUCGUGUCGUCGCUGGAGUACUGUCACUCGCGGGAGGUGGUGCACCGAGACAUAAAGCUGGAGAACAUUCUGCUGGACACCGAUCAGCGAAUGAAGCUCAUCGAUUUUGGGCUGUCGGCGUUCUUCGUGCCCGGCAAGCGCUUGCGAGUGCACUGUGGUUCACCUUCCUACGCGGCCCCCGAGAUUGUGGCUCGGAAGGCCUACGAGGGGCCCCCCGUGGACGUGUGGUCUCUGGGAGUGGUGCUGUUUGCCAUGGUGGCAGGCUACCUGCCCUUCCACGCCAGCGGAGGAAACAAACAGCUCUGCAACAAAAUUAUCGCGGGGCAGUACACGGCACCUGACUGGCUGUCCUCUUCAAUGAAGGACCUGCUCUCCAAAAUGCUCACCACGGAUCCGGAGAAGCGGAUCACCUUUCCACAGCACAGCUGGGUGCGCAACGGCCCGCAGUGGCGUGAACGCGGCGUCAACUGCUACGAGGUGGCACCCGACCCGGCGGCACCCGGCGGCGUGCGCUGUGACGAGCAGAUCGUUGCGGAGCUGGAGGUCUCUGGCUAUACCCGGUCCGCCUUGGUGCAGCACCUGAUCGCCGGUGAUGCCAACCACAUCACUGCCAGCUACUUCUUGUUGUGUGAG